AUGAUAAAUCAGUGCAGUAAGAAAUCUUUCUUCUCUUGCUUUUAAAUGAAAUGGCAACCUUUAACUUUAAGAUCUUUUGAAAUCUAAGAAGUAUUCCAAAUAAUUACAAAUUUAAAAGGAAAAUGUUAAAAAGCACAUCUUAAAUUGUAUAAAUAGUUUUUAUGCAUAAAUGAUGUAAUCAAUAUGAUCAUAAUAACAUAGAAAGAAUAAUUGGAUGUUUCAAAUUAUUAGAUUUCUAAAGUAGAAAAUAAAAUUUUAGGAUAAGGAAUCAGAUUAUAAUCAAUUGAAUUUUCACUUGAAUUUUAUGGUUCCAUAGAUAAAUGGUUUGAAUAUUUAAAACUAUAUUGUAUCUAAACAAAUUUUACUUAAAAAUACUAGGUUCAAAAAUUAGUUGGAGCAGGAACCUAUGGCAAAGUAAUUGUUAUAAAUAUCUUAUAGGUUUAUCGUGUAAAGAACAAGAUUGAUUAUAAUAUAUAUGCUGUAAAGACCUUUGAGAAAUAACUUAUAAAUUCCCUUGAUGAUUAAGAAGGUUUAGUAAAGGAAAUUGGAUUAUUACGAAGUUUAGAUCAUCGAGGAAUAAUAAAACUUCAUGAAGUAUAUGAAAGUGAGUAAUUCGUUUUUUUGGUUUUUGAAUUUUUAUAGAAUAAGAACCUUAAUGAUACACUUGAGAAGGGAGUUUCUCUUGGAGAAUCCUAAGCGUAUAAUAUUAUAAAAGAUCUUCUCGAGACAGUAUUAUAUAUUCAUGAGUAAGGUAUUUUACAUAGAGAUUUAAAACCAGAUAAUAUAUUAUAGAGAAAUGAAACUUAAAAAUAUGUUAUUAUAGAUUUUGGAUUAGCUGACAAUUAUAGAGAAGAUGGAUAAUACUUAUUUAAAAAAUGUGGAACUCCAGGAUAUUGUGCACCAGAAAUCUUAUGGAAUCAAAUUUAUGAUUAAAAGGUAGAUAUCUAUAGUCUUGGAGUAAUUCUAUAUGAGAUGUUAACAGGAUAAAAUCCCUUUUAUUCUAAAAAUUAUGAUGAGAGAAUUAUGCUUAAUAAAGAGUCUAAAUUUGAUUACAGUAAAGUUAAAGUUUCUUAUAAUGCUCUUGAUUUAUUAUAAGGAAUGCUUCACAAAAAUCCUUAAAAACGUUUUAGUGCUAAAGAAGCUUUGAAUCAUCGUUAUUUCUAAUAAUAAAAAUAACAUCAUCAUGUACAAUCACUUUCCCAAUUAUCUGAUACACUUAUGAACACUGGUAAUUAGAUUUCAUCACCUAGAUAAGAGGCUUAUACUAACUUUUUUGAAAUCGGUUAAUCCUCAAAUAGACAAACUAGACAUCUAUAUUCUCCAAAAUUAAGUCAAAGAUUUGAUGAAUUAGAUAAGGAAAUAUUACAUCAUCAUAACGUUUAUAGUUGUCAUAUUUCUAAUUUGAAAUGUGUUGCAUAAAAUAUUAACCAUGAUCAAAUUUUGUAGAAACUUAUAAAGAAAUACUAAAAGGUUUGA